AUGAAAAGGGUAAUGGGCACAGGUUGGAGCCAGGGUGACAGCGAUAGUUGGUGCCACAGGCACAGGCGUGGUGGAUGCGGGCACUUUUGGCACGGGUGGGCGCUGCUAGCACGGGCAGACACAAAUGCCGCAAGCGAGGUAGGUGCAUAUAUUGUUAGGGUGUGUGCCGCAGGCACAACGAGCGCUGAUCUGGGUGGCGUGUACGAGGGUGCUUGGGGUAAUAGGCGUUGGGGCUAUACAGGCACCAAAGCGGCGACGACAGUGACGGGCGCUGUGGUGGAGGGCACAAGCACCGGGUCUAGCACGGGCAUCGAGGUAGUGACAGAGGGUGCAGACAGGGCAAAUGGGAGGGCACAUGAGGGGCUGUUAGAAGUUGGGCACCAAGAAGGGGCUCCAGAAGCUGGGUGCUUGAUUGUAGGCGACUUGAGUUCCAAGGGCGUGCCUGGAGAAGAUAAAAACAAUGUUACUCUAGCAUCAAAAUAUUCAACAUGA